AGGUAAUUGGUAUUUAAGAUACCUUGAGAAAAUAAGAUAAAACCAAAAAUUGGAACUUUUUCUUUAAUAACGAAUCUCAGUGAAUAAAUAUUAAAAUAAGUUGUGAAUUCUUUAAUUGUUCUUUCCCUUUUGCCUUCACGCCAGCAGAGACGUUAAAUAUUUUCGUACGCCACUUACGAAACAGAGUUUAAAGAGAAGACGAAAAGCGCUGAAAACCAAACUAUUUCAUUGUUAAAAACGAAAAGUAAACCACCAAAAAAAAUCCAACAAAAAGAUGAGUUCAACCACUGGUCAGUUCUUGAUCCAGCGUCCACGAUUCAAUCAUGUUUUCUUGCAAAACAAUAGCUUUCAUAUACCUAAGCGAGUCCAGUUCUCAGUUUUGCCACAAAGUUCCUAUAUUCCUGUUCCACUCAGUUCAUUUUCUCAGUUUAGGGGCUCUAAAUUUUUGGAGUGUAAAUGUGCAUCAGAGAAAGUUUCAGAAUCUUUUGAAAGGGACCCAGGUCAGGAAUUUGAACCGGAACCAAAUCAGAUUGUUAAACAAAAGAAGGCUUCUAUAGUGGAUAUUUUGAAGCAAUCAAAUUCCAUUCUGCCUCAUGUAGUCCUUGCUAGUACAAUUAUGGCUCUUGUGUAUCCGCCUUCUUUCACAUGGUUUACCAGCAGGUACUAUGCCCCUGCAUUGGGUUUUUUGAUGUUUGCAGUGGGGGUUAAUUCCAGUGAGAAGGAUUUUAUUGAAGCAUUUAAAAGGCCAGAUGCUAUUUUUGCUGGCUAUGUUGGUCAAUUUGUUGUGAAACCCCUGCUUGGAUAUAUUUUUGGAAUAAUUGCUGUGACAGUGUUUGGUCUUCCUACUCCUUUAGGUGCAGGGAUUAUGUUGGUAUCCUGCGUAAGUGGUGCCCAGCUCUCGAAUUAUGCUACAUUUUUGACAGAUCCACCACUAGCUCCAUUAAGCAUCGUUAUGACAUCUUUAUCUACUGCUACUGCUGUUUUUGUUACACCAAUGUUGUCUCUCCUGCUUAUUGGAAAAAGACUGCCGGUUGAUGUAGUGGGAAUGGUUUCUAGCAUUCUGCAGAUUGUUAUUGCUCCUAUUACUGCAGGAUUGCUUUUGAAUCGGUUGUUCCCUCGUCUUUGUGAAGCCAUGAGACCAUUUCUGCCGCCGCUUUCUGUACUUGAUACAGCUUGUUGUGUUGGAGCGCCCCUUGCUAUUAACAUUAAUUCGGUUCUGUCCCCAUUUGGCUUAACUGUUUCGUUGCUCAUUGUUGCAUUCCAUUUAUCAGCAUUCAUUGCUGGUUAUUUCCUCAGUGGUUCACUCUUCCAUAAAGCACCUGAUGUGAAAGCAUUGCAAAGAACACUAUCUUUUGAGACAGGAAUGCAAAGCAGUCUUUUGGCGCUUGCACUUGCUAAUAGGUUCUUCCAGGAUCCACUUGUCAGUGUGCCUCCAGCUAUCUCGACUGUGAUCAUGUCACUGAUGGGCUUCGCUCUGGUCAUGAUUUGGGCAAAGAAAAAAGAAUAAGGGAGAACGAGGGGUUUCAUAUGUGAAUCCAUCCUCCCAUGCUGAGAUACAAAUUUGAAAAAUCGGAUCAUUGUAGGGCGGAUGGAGUGUGUACCCUCCUGGAAAUAGAAUGAAAUCCUUGUAAUUGUGUUACACAGGGUUCAUAAUCAUUCCUGAGCAGUGGAUAUUUAGAAUCUCUUUUUCCCCUUUUUGGUUACAGUUAUGAUGGCCUCAAUAGGUGAUUUCUGAGAACUGUGGUCCCUGCUUAGGUCACUGAUAAGUAAUUUACCAAGUACAGGAGCCCAAGAUUUGACAUUUUUUAAA